AUGUCCGUCAUUGCCCACGUCGAUCACGGCAAAUCCACCUUGACCGACUCCCUGCUCGCCAAGGCCGGCAUCAUAUCCACCGCAAAGGCCGGCGAUGCUCGAGCAACUGAUACUCGUGCCGACGAGCAGGAGCGUGGCAUCACCAUCAAGUCGACUGCCAUCUCUCUGUACGGUCGCCUUGACGACCCCGAGGAUAUCAAGGACAUUGUUGGUCAGAAGACGGACGGCCAGGAUUUCUUAAUCAACUUGAUUGAUUCGCCCGGUCACGUCGAUUUCUCAUCUGAAGUCACGGCAGCCCUCCGUGUCACUGAUGGUGCCCUCGUUGUCGUCGACACCGUCGAAGGUGUGUGUGUCCAGACCGAGACUGUGCUCCGACAGGCUCUGGGUGAGCGUAUUAAGCCCGUUGUCAUCAUCAACAAGGUCGACCGCGCUCUUCUCGAGCUUCAGGUCUCCAAGGAGGACCUGUACCAGUCAUUCUCCCGAACCAUUGAGUCCGUCAACGUCAUCAUUUCCACCUAUUUCGACAAGACUCUGGGUGACGUCCAGGUCUACCCUUAUAAGGGCACCAUCGCUUUCGGCUCCGGUCUGCACGGCUGGGCCUUUACCGUUCGUCAGUUUGCUGUCCGAUACGCCAAGAAGUUCGGCGUGGACAAGAACAAGAUGAUGGAGCGUCUCUGGGGUGACAACUACUUCAACCCCCACACCAAGAAGUGGACCAAGAGCGGUACCUACGAGGGCAAGCCCCUUGAGCGUGCCUUUAACCAGUUCAUCUUGGAUCCCAUCUUCAAGAUCUUCAACGCCGUCAUGAACUUCAAGAACGACGAGGUUACCAGCCUUCUCGAGAAGUUGCAGCUCAAGCUCAGCGCCGAGGAUCGCCAGAAGGAGGGCAAGCAGCUGCUCAAGGUGGUGAUGCGAACUUUCCUGCCCGCCGCUGACUCGUUGCUGGAGAUGAUGAUUCUGCACCUUCCUUCCCCCGUUACUGCCCAGAAGUACCGUGCCGAGACGCUGUACGAGGGUCCCUUGGAUGACGAUGCCGCCAUGGGUAUCCGUGACUGCAACCCCAAGGGUCCUCUCAUGCUCUACGUUUCCAAGAUGGUGCCCACCUCGGACAAGGGUCGAUUCUACGCCUUUGGCCGUGUCUUCUCCGGCACUGUCCGUUCUGGCCUCAAGGUCCGCAUCCAGGGUCCCAACUACGUCCCCGGCAAGAAGGAGGAUCUUUUCAUCAAGGCCAUCCAGCGCACGGUUCUCAUGAUGGGUGGCAAGGUGGAGCCCAUUGACGACAUGCCUGCCGGUAACAUUGUCGGUCUGGUCGGCAUCGACCAGUUCCUGCUCAAGUCCGGUACCCUUACCACGUCCGAUACUGCUCACAACCUCAAGGUCAUGAAGUUCUCCGUCUCCCCCGUCGUGCAGCGUUCGGUCCAAGUCAAGAAUGCCCAGGACCUGCCCAAGCUGGUCGAAGGUCUGAAGCGUCUCUCCAAGUCGGACCCUUGCGUCCUGACGAUGACGUCCGAGUCUGGUGAGCACAUUGUCGCCGGUGCCGGUGAGCUGCAUCUCGAGAUUUGCUUGAAGGAUCUCGAGGAGGACCACGCUGGUGUCCCCCUCAUCAUCUCGGACCCCGUCGUCCAAUAUCGCGAGACUGUCCAGGGCAAGUCCAGCAUGACUGCUCUGUCCAAGUCCCCCAACAAGCACAACCGUCUGUACAUGGUUGCCGAGCCCAUCGCGGAAGAGCUGUCCCUGGCGAUUGAGAACGGCAAGGUGUCGGCCCGUGACGACUUCAAGGCUCGCGCCCGUGUUCUGGCCGACGACUUUGGCUGGGAUGUCACGGAUGCCCGAAAGAUUUGGACGUUUGGUCCUGACGGCACUGGUGCCAACUUGCUGGUUGACCAGACAAAGGCUGUCCAGUACCUCAACGAAAUCAAGGACUCGGUCGUCUCCGGCUUCCAGUGGGCCUCCCGCGAGGGUCCGGUUGCCGAGGAGCCCAUGCGCUCCAUCCGCUUCAACAUCCUCGAUGUAACCCUUCACGCCGACGCCAUUCACCGCGGUGGAGGUCAGAUCAUCCCCACUGCUCGUCGUGUCCUGUACGCCUCGACACUGUUGGCCGAGCCUGCGCUGCUCGAGCCCGUGUACCUUGUCGAGAUCCAGGUGCCUGAGCAGGCCAUGGGUGGCGUGUACGGUGUCCUCACCCGUCGUCGUGGCCACGUGUUCAACGAGGAGCAGCGUCCUGGUACCCCUCUGUUCAACAUCAAGGCCUACCUGCCUGUCUUGGAGUCUUUUGGCUUCAACGGUGACCUGCGUCAAGCUACAUCUGGUCAGGCCUUUCCUCAGUCCGUGUUUGACCACUGGCAGGUCCUGCCUGGUGGCUCUCCUCUCGACGCCACCUCCAAGGUGGGCACCAUUGUCACGGAGAUGCGUAAGCGCAAGGGUAUCAAGGUUGAAGUUCCCGGCGUUGAGAACUACUAUGAUAAGCUGUAA